GAAAAGGGUCUUAAAAUAUUGGUUUGUGUUUAUCCUCACAUUGUCGUCAUGAUGAACUCGGAGAUGAGCAGCAGCAUGCACUCGGGGCGCCCUGAAAGUGAUUUCAGCAUCGAGUGCUUUCAGAACUACACCGCCCCGGAAGUGUUCGUCCAAGGGUUGGCUGGUUUGGUAAACCAAACGGAUGUGGAAGUUAUGAUACGAGCACAAAAGCAAAUGUUGCAGCGUUUUGAGAAAACAAAUGAAAUGUUGCUCAACUGUAACGCACUCAGUGCCAGUCGGCUGAAGAUAGCCACGGAUGAUUUUAAAAAGCACACGAAGCUGCUGCACGACAUGAAGAAGGAUUUAGAUUACAUUUUCCGCAAGAUACGGACGAUAAAGACGAAAAUAGGAAACCAAUAUCCGGCGGCUUUUGCAGAGGCGGAAGCGAAGAACAAACCGAUCAGCUUUGAUGAGGAAGAUGAAAUUGAUACGGCAAGUCGGGCGGAGACGUUGGAUGAGAAAAAAGAGCAGACCGAUGAUGUCCCAUCAACGUCCACUCCCGUGAAGAUGUCGUCUUCUGGCAAAGGAAAAGGCUCCACUAGCAAGACGGACGCGGAGGGUGGCCUGAAGGAACGGAAGAAAACACUCGCCAGUGGCAGCAGGGAAAAUUCCACCGUGGGAUACGUAAAAAUGGAGCAGAGUCCAGAAAAUAGGAAAGCCGCUGGUGGUGGGUCGAGUAGCGGCGAGCAGAAACGACGUUCGUUCCGAUCGGCGCAGAGCAGCUCGACUGAUAAUUCCAACGAUUCUUCGGAUUGUACUUCCGAUACUGGAUAGACAGGGGAGAUAAAAACGAAUCGCGCUUGUUCAAUUGUUUGUUCCAAUGAUCUCAAUCGUUCCGCUGACUAAAGGGUAUGGCAAUUUUGGCACUUUCGUGUGUGGCAGAGUAGCUUUAGUAUUAUUUAUUUAUUUCGUAAUAGUUCGGUAUGGCGGUAAAAAUGAAACAAUAUAUAACAUCAUUUUGCAACAGGAAAAGAGAUUUCGAUAUUUGUUACCACCUAAUUGUAAAGUUUGGUUCAUUUAGAAA